AUGUCACUCUCACCGGUUGCCCCGAAUCCUCUACGGUUCCCUAAUGUCUACGAUACUACACAAAGCCUCGACUCGGGCUUCAGCUUCUCUACGAAGCUGCCUUUCUGCAAGUACCCGCAGGUUCCAUCUGUCAUCUCCUCGAUAUGUCCUGUAUUCCAAAGUGGACCAACGUUUGAAAAAGCAAUAGAGGCUACGGAUCGAAUUGCGCUCGUCGACUUUUACGCCGAUUGGUGUGGACCGUGUCAUCAAUUAGCUCCUGUUCUCGAGAAGUUAACCAAGGAACCUUCUACAUCUGGUUCCGGUUUACCGUUGGACUUGGUUAAAGUCGACACUGAGAGCGAGGAUGGGAUUGCCAAGGUCCGCGCAUUGCCCACCGUUAUUGCGUUCAGAAAUGGCUCGCCCAUUACACAAUUUGUUGGAGCAAUAAAUGAAGCUGGAGUAAAAGAUUUUCUCAGCAAGUUGUGA